AUGGCUAAAGCUUUCUCUCUAAUUUCUUUAUUGUUUCUGUCUUUGUUGGUUCUUUCACAAUCCUUACCUCUUUCCACAAGAGGAAGAUGGAUUGUAGACUCUAAAACAGGCCAGCGUGUGAAGCUGAGUUGUGUCAAUUUGGUAUCUCAUGCACAAUCUAUGGUGGCACAAGGCCUUGACAAACGACCAUUGAAGGAUUUAGCUAAUGAGAUCGUCAGCCGCGAUUACAACUGCGUGCGCUUGACUUGGUCGGUCUACAUGUUCACUCGUCACCCCUUCGAGACCAUAGGUGACGUCCUCGACGGUCUCGACAUCAACAAAGUAAAAAACGGAGUCAAAAAACACAACCCUCAGAUAUUGAACAUGACGGUUACAAGUGCAUUCAAAACUGUCGUUGAUGGAUUGGGCAAUGCCGGCCUCAUGGUCAUUAUGGACAAUCACAUAAGCCAACCGAGAUGGUGUUGUUCUCUCCACGAUGGAAAUGGCUUCUUUGGAGACCGCAAUUUCAAGCCUAUUGAAUGGCUUAGAGGCUUGGCCUUUGUUGCUAGACAUUUCAGUUGGCAUCCUAAAGUGGUAGGAAUGAGCCUAAGAAAUGAACUUCGAGGGUCGAACAAUGUUGACGUAUGGCGAAAAUAUGUGAAACAAGGAAGUCACUUGAUUCAUAGAAUAAAUCCUAGACUUCUCGUAGUGAUUUCAGGUCUAAACUACGAUAACGAUCUAAGUUACCUAAAGAAAAAGCCAUUAGGAUACAACUUACACAACAAAGUAGUGUUGGAGGCACAUUUAUACUCAUUCAGUGGGGAACCUGAAAGCAAGUUUGUGAAGAAGCCAUUAAACAUAGCAUGCAAUCAAGUGAUGGAUAAAUUCGAGAGAGAAGCUGGAUUUGUGGUGGACAUGAAGAAUCCAUAUCCAUUGUUUCUUAGUGAAUUUGGAUACGAUCUAAGGGGUGUUAACAAGGCUCAAAAUAGGUUCAUGAGUUGUUUUCUGGCUCGCAUUAUUGGCAAGGAUAUUGAAUGGGCUUAUUGGGCUUUCCAAGGAUCUUAUAUGUAUAGGCAAGGCCAACAAGAUGUUGAUGAAAGUUUUGGUAUCAUGGAUAGCACUUGGACUAAAGAUCGAAGCCCUCGUCUCCAACAAAUGCUUAAACUUGCCAAAAGAAUCAACCAAGAUCCAAACUCGAAAGCACCACUGUCCUACAUAAUGCUACAUCCAGUGUCAGGGCAAUGUGUCCAACUAGAUGGCAAAGGAGGAAUUGAACUAGGUGAUUGUGAGAAACCAACGUUGUGGGACCAUACCGGAGAUGGAAGUCCGAUGAAGUUGUCGAACGGGCAGUGUUUGAAGUCGGCCGGAGAUGGGAAGCCACCUGUGGUCUCGGCCGAAUGCUCUGGUGACGGAAGCAGUUGGACGGUGGCUUCUAAGGCAAAGCUUCAACUGGCAACCAAAAGUGGGGGAGAAAAGAUUUGCUUAGAGAAGGAAUCUGAUACUUCAAUUGUUGUGAAGAAAUGCAUUUGCCUUAAAGAUGAGUGGAAUUGCUUCGAUGAUCCUCAGCCCCAGUGGUUCAAGCUUGUUCCAACAAACGUUGCUUAG